CUCCUCCUCUCCUCCUCCUGUGCGCUGCGCCGCCGGGCAUCUCUCCAGAAAGGCGUGGUCAGUGACGUCUCCAAAUCGGCCAAAUCCUUAAACCUGGCACUCUGAGGACCGGAGAGAGGAUGAAGGGAAAUAUUCAUGAGACGCCAGGAAUGAAGAGAUUCUUGGGGGAAUAACGCGGAGGAAUAAGCGCCGCCGGGUUCGUGCGACGUCCGUUUAAAGUUUCACUUUUUACGCGUCUGUUUUUUUCUGCCUUCAGUGAUCAGCAGCGGUGGUUUUGGUUUCGGAAAAGCGACAGAAAUCCAAGAGCAGCUUGACCGUAUCCUCUAAACACCGAGUGACAGGACUUAUCAGCAGGAGAACAUGCAGUAGAGGAAGCAGCUGCAGCAUCAUAUUCAUCAUCGCUGUCAACAUAACCAGUCAAUCCCCCCCGUGAUAUGGCCUCCUCCCCUGAGCUGGAUGCUGACACAUUACCGCUGCUACAGCUCCAGGAGGUGGACUCCAGUAAAACCUCAGACAGGCCGAACUCCCCGGGACUCCUCCCCACUGUGUACAGCCCUCCGCUGGGCAUGGACAACCACACCGUCUGCAUCCCCUCUCCAUACACAGACAGCAGCCAUGAGUACAACCACGGACAUGGACCUCUGACUUUCUACAGCCCGCCUGUGCUCAGCUACACCAGACCGCCCAUCACUGACAGCCAGUCAUCUCUGUGCAGCCCCCUCAGCCCGUCAGCCUUUUGGCCCUCCCACAGUCACACCAACGUGCCUUCACUGACUCUGCGCUGCCCUCAGCCUCUCGUCUACAACGAACCCAGCCCGCAUGCACCCUGGCUGGAGCCCAAACCCCACAACAUCAACCCCAGCAGCUCCAUCAUCAGCUGUAACAAGCUGCUGGUGAAGAGAUCAGAGGAAGAAGUGGAAGGAGUGAACUCUUCCUCGUGUUCAUCCGCAGUAGGGAAAGCUGACAUGCACUUCUGUGCCGUGUGCCACGACUACGCCUCCGGGUACCACUAUGGUGUGUGGUCCUGCGAGGGCUGCAAGGCCUUUUUCAAGAGGAGUAUCCAAGGACACAAUGACUACAUCUGCCCCGCCACAAAUCAAUGCACUAUUGACAAGAACCGACGUAAAAGCUGCCAGGCCUGCCGCCUACGUAAAUGCUAUGAAGUGGGCAUGAUGAAGUGUGGUAUGAGGCGUGAACGCUGCAGCUAUCGAGGAGCUCGGCAUCGUCGUGGUGGACUUCAGCCUCGGGAUCCGACAGGCAGGAGUUUGGUCAGGGGUGGGGUGGCUUCUCGAGCUCAGCGGCACCUCCACAUGGAGGUGCCUCUCACCCCACUCACCCUCCCUCAGGGGAACCACACACACCACUCAACCAUGAGCCCUGAGGAGUUCAUCUCCCGCAUCAUGGAGGCAGAGCCUCCUGAGAUCUACCUCAUGGAGGACCUGAAGAAGCCCUUUACUGAGGCCAGCAUGAUGAUGUCCCUCACCAACCUGGCAGACAAGGAACUGGUCCUCAUGAUCAGCUGGGCUAAAAAGAUUCCUGGCUUUUUAGAGCUGAGUCUCACGGAUCAGAUCCACCUGCUGAAGUGCUGCUGGCUGGAGAUUCUGAUGCUGGGCCUGAUGUGGAGGUCGGUGGACCAUCCUGGAAAACUCAUCUUCUCCCCUGACUUCAAACUCAACAGGGAGGAGGGACAGUGUGUGGAGGGCAUCAUGGAGAUUUUCGACAUGCUGCUGGCAGCCACCUCUCGUUUUCGUGAGCUGAAGCUUCAGAGGGAGGAGUAUGUCUGUCUGAAGGCCAUGAUCCUCCUCAACUCCAAUCUGUGUACGAGUUCCCCUCAGACGGCCGAGGAGCUGGAGAGCAGGAACAAGCUGCUGCGUCUGCUGGACUCUGUGAUCGAUGCUUUGGUCUGGGCCAUCUCCAAACUGGGCCUGUCCACCCAGCAGCAGACUCUGCGCCUCGGACACCUCACCAUGCUGCUCUCCCACAUCCGCCACGUCAGUAACAAAGGCAUGGACCACCUCUCCACCAUGAAGAGGAAGAACGUGGUGCUGGUGUACGACCUCCUCCUGGAGAUGUUGGACGCCAACACGUCCAGCAGCAGCAGCCAAACCUCGUCCUCCCCGACCUCCGACCUUUACUCUGACCAGCACCAGUACCCCCUGCCUCCAUCUCACCUGCAGCCAGGCUCAGACCAGACCGCCGUCACAGACCACACCACUGUGCCUCCUGAAGCUCAGAUCCUGGACACACACCUGCAGUCUAUGCCCCCGGCUCACAUGGACGGCAGCAGUUACAUCCAUCCGGAGCAGUGGUCCCUGGAUUCACAGGAUGCCGGUCCCCUGCUGGAUCCAACAGACUGCAUCAUCCCCGAUCGAGUUGUCAUGGAAACGACCCUGGAGGGAUGAUGGGACUAAAAACUGAGACUGAACCUUAACGCCUCUCCAUCCCCCAAAGAUCCAGAAAAGGAAACAAACAAACAAACAAAAAGGAUUCAAAAAACAAAAGAAACACAAAGUGCUGUCGUGAGGUAAAGCUUUUCUCUCUUGUUGAGAUGUUUUUAGUCUUUGGAAAAAAAAAAAGUUUUUUGAUUUGUGUUAUUUUGUGUGCGUAAAUAUUUCCUGUGAAUGUGCACUACCGCAGGUGUUCCUGAGAACAUCUGCGAACCUCUGCCAGUCAGUCUGUGCUCUCUCUUUUGAUAUCCAGUAUUUGUAUCUUUUUUCACCUCGGUGUAACGAUCAGAACAACGAGCCUCUCACUUACACAGGCGCAUGUGGUCGACACAGUGAAUAUCCAUUUCCAUAAGUGUUGUUCAGUCAUACAGAUAAAAAGGGCAGUGUUCUCUAUCACACUGGUGUUUUUUUCUCCUUCACUUCUUCUACUGUGUACUGUGGUGUUUUAAUCGGUGCCUGUUCCUCCAGGAUUUUUUCUACUCUCUUUGUACAAAGUACACGUGUCAGUGGAGAUGCAGCAGUUUGUGGCCUUUUAACAAAAUGACUGUUAAGAUAGCUUUUCUGUUCACCUGCUUAAACUAAGGCUGAAUUCACACAGUAUGACGUGGCACCAGCAGAACUGAAAAACACAAUCCAGUUUAGAAUAAUACACAAGACCGACAUAUGUUAACAAGCCAUAUAAUAACUAAAUGUUAUAAAGGUUUAAACUAUCUGAUAACUGCAAAACAGAGGGAAACAGUCCCAGUGAUUAUUUACUGUAUGGAUAUUUGAUGUAAAUAUAAUAAUGCAGUUGUGUCAGCCUCGCUGCACUUUAACAGUAAUAAUAACCCGACCCUAAACAAAGGAAGCACUUCUGUAUUUGGUUUGUUCAGGGUCAGUUUUGUCUAUUUAAAGUAAAUCCAGAUGUACGAUUAUCCAACAAAUAAUUUAACAUGAUGGUGUCAUCUGUGUUCUUUGCUGUAAUUCAUGCGUCUUCCCCCGUGAAUAAGACGGGAGGACAAAGCUGAAGAUGAGCGUCGAUCCAAAACUCGCUUGUUUUUGUCAUUCUUGGCUCUCGAAGCGCGAGGAACUGUUGGCUUUAAAUCUUUAAACAGUUUGUCUUCGUACACAUGUUAAACCUCCUGUUCUGGGCUCGUUUGCUGUGGAUUCUGUGGAUUAUGUUCUCAUUAACCACACCACUGUUCUCUUGGAGAACAGACGGUUAUUUGGUAUCAAACUGCUGGCCAAACAAACUGAAAGGAAUUAAUGUUCCAAAAUUUUGGAUAAACUCCCCCAAACGCACCAUUUAGAGGUUUUUUGGACGUACAGUCGUGAGCUGUGCCACUUCUCUGCCAGUGUAAAUUCAGCCUCAGUGCCAGAUUAUCCACUGGUGAUAGACAGAUACAUGUUCACUAUCCUCUCUGUCCUGAUGUCUGUGGCUUGUACAUGCAUGAACACACACACACAAACAACAAGUCAGAUGCUGAAAAUAUUUCUCUUGGCAGUUUGUGCACAACACACACACACACACACACACACCACCCACCACCACCCAUAUCUCAGAUGUUGUUGCCUUUUCUUCGCCUGUUGGACCUGUCAGUGUAGCUGGGAUCUCUCUCUAACCCAGCGAUUCAGGUAAACACAUACAGCAGCAAAUCAUGGCAAACACAGUUUAUUGUCGAUCAGUAAUGACAAUCUAUACAUCCCAUAAAUAAGUGUUCACAAAAUAAAUCAAACUUUCCACA